UUUUCGAGCGCCGGAGAGAGUUCUCGAUAAACAGAGUGUGUUUAAUUUUCACUGAUCCGCGCAUUGUAAGGACUGCCCCUACCAGCACUGUGGAAAAUCGUGCUGGCAAGAGGAGGAGGAUGAGGAGGAGGAAGAGAAGGAAGAAGAGAGAGUCUGCUAAUAUUUUGUUGUCCACGAGAAUAGACAGGCACCCUCGAAAUCACAACAACAAAACAGACUGGAAUAUCUCCGAAGGACAGUCUCUUGAGUGUGUCACUGUGUAUACAACACAUUCCAUCCGCAUUUGGAUUAGUCGCACGCGUUCACGUCGACGUCACCUUCAGUUCUUGAGCAGAACAACUCUUCCACCUAGCAAUUUCAGCAUUAUAUCUAAUAUAUCUAAUAUAUCUAAUAUUCCUCCUUAUAAACCCAUCACUUAUUGCUAGAUACUAGGUAUGGUCUCCACGCGACACCACCCCAAAGACUUCCCAUCCCCCAGUGCCUCCAAGGAGGUCGCGCGGGCGUCCUCGUCGACAGCCAGCAGCAGAUGGGUACACACACCCUCCGCCGCUCUGACAGCCUGGCUGCUGAUCUCGGUGCCCCUGGUCGCAUGGGACGCAGGCUACGUGCUGCUCCGGCCGCACAGCAUGCCCGGAGGGAAGUUCCACUCGCCCAUCUGGACGCCCUACGCGCUGUACGGCACCAUCGACUACAUCUACGGCUGGCCGGCGUUCAACGCACGCAACGGCUUCACCGCCGCGCAGACCGUCCUCAAUCUGGCCGAAAACGUCGCCUACAUCUACUACCUGUACGUGGUGUAUGUACAUGGUGUCUCCGUGGGGACGGGGGGUCGUGGCGGGAAAAAGGCUGGCAAGGGUCUGCUCUGGCUGCUGAGAGAGGAGAAGGUCGUUUCCGGCCGGACGGGCGCCAUCGCCCUCCUCGUUGCCUAUACGGCCUCUGUGAUGACUCUGAGCAAGACCGUUCUCUACUGGCUUAAUGAGCUCUUUUCGGGGUUUGACAAUAUCGGCCAUAAUGAUCUGACAACGCUUGUCUUUCUCUGGAUCAUUCCCAAUGGCCUCUGGAUUGUCUUCCCCAGCUACAAUAUCUACACUCUUGGCGCGGAGAUCCUGAGCUCGCUGGAAACCACCUCACUGGGCGCCAGGCCGGGGCGACCCAAGUCGUCGUAAACCCCUGGUUUGGUCAAGAUGAACAGUGUCCAAGCUAAGAUCAGGACGCGAUUUCGAUGAGAUAUGCAGUAUGAGAUAUGCAGGCAACGUGGUUUGAUGGCGUUUGGAGUUGUGUUGGAUCGAGAUUCGGAAAUUCUAGGAUGGCUUCCUGCCGAUGAGUCGUGAAUUAUACCUAGUACCUGGUUGUUUAGUAGUGAGAGAGGUUUUCAGGCAGAUUUGAGUAAUCGCGAAACAAAAGAACAUCUUCGAAACGG